AUGAGAUCUGGCGCAGCUGCAUGUAAAACGUCGACAUGCAAGUAUUUUGAAAACUUAGCAUUUCUGCAGGAUAAAAUUGCAAAUCGAGAUACAGUUAGCAAUGUGAAACUUGGUUUAGGAUCAACAGCAGAUUCAUCUUUGUUGCCAGAACAACCUGUAGUUACAAUCAAAGAUGAAGAAACACCAUCUGUCAAGAAAAGAAAACAUUGGACGGUGUUAUAUGUUCUCAUGAAAAAAGACCGGUGAGCAGGGGCCGGUUGUACGAAAAGUGGAUAAGUCGCUAUCCAGCGGAUUAAUUUUAUCCGGAGUGAAAAUCGCGUUGUACGAAGCUCGGAUAGCGCUAUCCAACGGAUAAAAUGCACUAUCCGUUGGUUUAAUUUAUCCGAGGUCCGGAGGUAGUUUAAAUCCACUAUUCGGCGGAUAAACUCAAAGUUUGAAGACAAAACAAUAUGUAUUUCAUUUAAAAAGGAUUGCUAUUGUGAUAGAAAUGGACAAAUACCGUUUAGAAGUCCCUUUUUUGACACUAAGUAAACAUGGAAACUUACUUAUGACUUCUCUUGCUCUUGACGUACCGAGCUCACUUUGAGUCACUUGCCCAUUAAAUAAUGCCAUGACUUUGCCAUAUUCUAUGCAGACCUUUGUCAGUGCUUAGACGUUACGUUUUCUGUUUUUUUCCUUCUUUUCUUUCUGUUAUAUAGCUCGAAAACACGCAAUAAAACUUUCAUUAAAUUAGUUCCCUUCAACGCCAAACAAAUAUAGCUGCAUAUAUUAAAUAAACAACAAGGCACCGAAAGUCGAAAAAUUUUGUUCGCUGGCUUUGAUCAGCCAAUCAAAUCUUGCGAGAAAAUGUUCUUAAAAUUGUUUUGAAUGACGUGAAACUGUGAAAGGUCAAAGAACAAAUAUUCGGACAGUAUAUAAAAUAAAACUGAAUCAACGUACUGAAACAAGAAAACAAAACUCGCAGUCUUUGCUAUUGCCUUCGCAUAAAGAAGCCAAAAAUCUUUUAAAGAAAUAUCGAUAAGUAGAUAGCAAACUCUUCACUGUGGGAAAACGAAGUAUUGCAACGAUUGGACGAGAAAAACUCCAAAAUAUAAACAUGAACAAAAAACCUUUAUUGCAAGUUGAUAGUUCAAAGGUUAGUGGAAUUCACAAGUUAUACGAAGAUACUACAAUUACAACAAAAGUUUACAAAUACCUAGCAACAGCUGACGUAGAGAUAAGAAAUUUCAGGAAAAUCCAGUUUUCUCCGGUUAAAAUUAAGGUUAUCCGACGGAUAGCUAUCCACCCUGCUAUCCGUGCUUCGUACAACGCAUUUUUAUUCGGCAGAUAGCUAUCCAUUGGAUAGGAGAUUUAUCCAUUGGAUAGGACUUAUCCACUGGAUAACUUAUCCACCUUUCGUACAACCGGCCCCAUGCAGAGCUAGGAAAGCUAGUGACCAAGUUGAUACAAUGCUACUGAAAGCACUAAAAGACUUGGACAAACCAACAACACAGGAAAUGCCAGAAGCCAAAUCUGCAGAAUCUGAUUCUGAUACCUUGUUUUGUCAAAGCUUAAUCCCAACUUUAAAAUCUUUGGGAACUAAAGAAAAUAUGAAGGCAAAGGUGCAAAUCCAGCAGCUACUUUUUACUCUGAAAUUUCCAGAUUCUGAAGAGUAG